GGUUAUAAACGUUAUAUUCAACUCUUCGCCAAACACGUGAAGCCAUUCGUCGAAAGACUCACAAACCUAUCACUCAAUGAUAACAUCGCUCUCACUGUCAGCCGAUAUGAACAAAACGUCAUUGAUAAUCAUCUCAUCGAUGGUGUAUUGUCUUUGAUGUCAGACUACCUCUUGUGUCACGACGACGACGACCAGAUCGACGGCCGAAGAGUCGCUUUCAUACUGUAUUUGGUUCCCGACUGGAAGACAAGUGACGGCGGAUUACUUGACUUAUUUGAUGUCAAUCCCAAUGGCGAGCCAUCGGAGAUCGUGGCGUCUGUGGCGCCCAAAUGGAAUCGCUUAGCGUUCUUCGAAGUGAAUCCAAUCACAUGGCAUCAGGUGUCGGAAGUGUUGUCCGACAACAAGAUCCGGCUGAGUGUCAACGGCUGGUUCCACGGGUCACCACUCGAACGCCCGAAACGCUAUAUCGAGCCGGCGUUCAGCACAGAGUCGGCCACAGAAGUGCCUCUGGAUGUGGUGAACGCGUGGAUUAAUCCCAUCUAUUUGGACGACUCGACGCAAAUGGAGAUUCAGUCCCGCUUUGAAGAGUUGUCCGAAAUAGUGUUACAGGACUUCUUCAACGGCGAUAAGUAUCAAGAGUUGGCCCGAGCUUUGAGUGACAGCGAAGCCAUUGUCUGGAAGUUUAAUUGUCCGCCAAAUAUGAGGCGAUACGAGACGGCACAGGUCUCCACCUGUCCGGCCAUUGUGUUGGAAGCGUACGAACUCUUUCGCUCCGAAGCCGUAUUCCUAAUCCUGUCGAACCUGACGGGCCUUAAGCUCCACGAGUUGGCCACUAGUUAUGGAUCAGAUAGCGAUGACAGCGACGAAGACGAAUCAGGUGAAGAGAACCCCCGCUGCAGAGGAGAGAUCCGUCGGUGGUCUCACUCGUGCUAUACGUUAGUUCACGACAACAGCGCCGAANGGUAUGCAUUGAUGAAUGCAAUAAAAUCAGGUGAAGAGAACCCCCGCUGCAGAGGAGAGAUCCGUCGGUGGUCUCACUCGUGCUAUACGUUAGUUCACGACAACAGCGCCGAACUGAGCGAAGAGCCGGCGCUGGAUGUGGUCAUACAUUUCAAUUGCGACAAUGAGUUCGAUCGAGAAAAGGGAGGUUUCGUGUCGUAUAUCGCGAGAGGAGAGGACGAAGAGUUGCUGACAAUUGAUCCGUUCAGUAAUAAUCUAAAUAUCGUCUACAGAGAUAAGAAGACCACCCGUUUUGUCAAAUACAUUAACAGUAAAUGCGUGGACAGUAUUCACGACAUGAGUUUUGUAUACUUUCAAUAAAUUAAUACACAUUUUAUAACGUUUUUGUGUUAAAUUCAGUGCCAA